AUGAAACCCAUCUCCAUCUCCUCCUCUAUCGCGCUCUUGUUGGGUGUGCUUGCCCUCACAUCUGUCUCCGAGGCUAAGCCUAGGCACCAAUCUCACAGUAAAGUCAAGCAUGUCCUCAUGCUCUCCAUCGAUGGUCUCCGCCAGAAGGACCUUGCCGGAUUUGUUGCCUCUAAUCCCAAGUCGAACCUUGCUGGCCUCGUUAACACUGGCAUUCAGUUCUCCAACGCGCAAGCUUCCAAACCCUCGGACUCGUUCCCAGGUCUCCUUGCCCAACUUACCGGGGGCAGUCCUGCAACCACCGGUGUCUGGUACGACGACUCGUACGAUCGCUCUCUGUAUCCUCCAGGCUCCAAUUGUUUUGGCCCCAUCGGAACAGAAGUGCUCUACGACGAGACUAUAGACAUCGAUGAUACCAAGAUCAACGGCGGUGGCGGCAUAAAUGUCCAGGCACUUCCUCUCCGCCUAACUAACGGCAAGUGCGAGCCUGUUUGGCCUCACCAGUACGUCCGUGUUAAUAAUAUUUUUGAAAUCGCCCGCAAGCAUGGCCACAUCACAGCCUGGUCUGACAAGCACACCGGCGCCUACGAUAUUGUUCGUGGACCUUCUGGCAAUGGCCUUACGGAUUAUUAUUCGCCUGAAAAUUCUUCGGUUGCCUCCAACGCUACUGCUGCCUAUGACGAUCUCCACGUCAACGCCGUCGUGAAUUGGAUCCAGGGCAAGGACGCCACAGGCACCAAGCGGAUCGGUAUUCCCUCUAUCAUGGGAUGCACUUUCCAGGCCAUCAAUACCAACCAAAAGGCCUUUGGUACCCCAUCUGCUCAGUUGAAUGCCGCCUUUCAGCACACGGACGCUGCGCUCGGUAAAAUUGUUGCUUCUCUUAAGGCUGCCAAGAUCUACCAGAAUACUGUCAUUAUUGUCUCUGCCAAGCACGGACAGUCGCCCAUUGAUGCUAGAAAGCUAAAGCGCGUCGAUCCUAGCAGCCUACCCACUGUUUUGGGUGUUGAUAUCGCUCAUCAGAUCACCGACGAUGCUGGUAUCUUUUGGCUUAAGGACAGUGCCGACACAUUCAAGGCAGCCUCGAACGCCUACAAGAACGCCGAUCAGGUUCACUUGACUGCCCUCUGGGCCGGUGAGGGUAUUCGCCUCGCUGGCCUGGGUGAUCCCGCUACAGAUCCUCGUGUGCCCGAUAUCAUCUUCCAGUCCGAGCCCGGCACCUUGUUCUCGCUGUCCAAGAAGAAGAUUGCUGAGCACGGUGGAUUCAACGAGGAUGACGUCCAUGUUGCCCUGUUGAUUUCCUCCCCCUACUUGAGGAAGCAGGUUAACACAUCGCCUGUCAAGACCACCCAGAUUGCUCCGACUAUUCUCCGCCUGUUGGAUCUCAACCCUGCUGAGCUGGAAGCUGUGCAGAUUGAGGGCACUUGCGCACUUCCCAUCGCGUAA